GUGAACUUUCACGUUGUCCGUGUAAUUAUUGUGUGUCAUUUUGUUGCUGCAACUUUGAAAUAAACACUUUUGAGUUAAUAAAACUUAAGCAUUGAAGUAAAAUGGCUUGGACAUGACAAAGUACAACCGAAAGAUACAAUGGCGUGUGCAGCGGUGGCCCUUACUGUCAUUCUAGUAGCAUUUGCUGUGACCUGCCAAUCAGUCCAUGGGGAUGAAUUGGCCACAAGAAGCAUCAACGGGCCAGAGAAACAACGCACGGCCCAGAUGACAGAGGAUGAGGCUCUCAAACACUUAAAGGAGGUGGUGGAAAAGGGAAAGUCCAGACCAUUCAUAGUCCGUGAGCAGGAUGAAGACUUACGAGAAGUCGCGAGAGCAGUUUGUGGGGGAUCGUUGAGUGGGUCUGGAACCCUCACCUCGCCGGCAUAUCCAGGUGAUUAUCCGCCGGAUUCUGACUGCCUCUGGACCAUAACUGCACCAGCGGGACAGCACGUGGAGUUGAGCAUUGACACCCUUGAUAUCGAAGAUGGGAGCACAUGUGAAUGGGACAGACUUUCCAUCAAGGUGGCCAAUGAAUAUGUACCAGCAGGGAUGUGUGGAUCGGGGUCUGUUGUGGGGUCUUUCGUCUCUUCUGGCAACCAGAUGACGGUUUGGCUUCAGUCGGAUGAGUCUAUCCAGAAAAGUGGAUUUUCGGCUUCCUACUCAUCCGUAUACCUGCAGUAAAACAAAAUUCUCCCAAAGUCGAUCGGAGCACCCUGGUCGAAACGUCGAGUUAAAACCUACGAUUCUUUUCAGAACCACCCCAACUCAAUUAGAGCU